AUUAUAAAAAAAAUAAAUAAAAUAGAAAAAAAUAAAAUAAAAUAGUGAAAAAUAUUUAAAAUAAUUAUUUGGACUGUAAAAAAUUGAAAAAUAUAAAUUAAAAAAAAAAAUAAUAAAUUGAAAAUUAAUUAUUAUUAAAAGCGAUGUUUUUGUCGUGAAACAAAGGCCUCUUGUGAAAUUUGUUGGAGGUGAAAAUUUAAGAAAAUGAAGAAUAAACAAAGAUUUCAAGUGACUCAAGUCAACAACGACUUGUAUGGCUCAUUUCGAGGCGAAUCUCAACUCGCGGUACCAACAGCGCAGGAUGCUCGUCGCAGUUCGCACACCGUUCAAGCAAUCCCCAUGGAGAACGAUCGUCGUCGCAGCAUGGCACAAUGGACGAGAGAAGCCUUGCCGCGUCUCGAUCACUUUCGUGUCUCAAAACGGGCCUUCAAACGUCCCAGCUUAGGCGAGUUGUACGGCGACCCGGAACGAAAAGCUUCGGCGGUAGAAGAUACAACUCCAGCAUCUGGCGGCGGCGGGCAUAUCAAAUUAGGAUGGAUUGUGGGUGUCGUCAUCCCUUGUCUCCUCAAUAUUUGGGGUGUGAUGCUUUUUUUACGUCUCUCAUGGGUCGUUGGACAAGCGGGAAUCAUGCAAACUUUGAUAAUUAUCGGAAUUAGUGCGAUGGUGUGUGUUAUAACGACACUUUCGUUGUCGGCGAUUUGCACAAAUGGCGAAGUAAAAGGCGGAGGCAUCUACUACAUCAUUUCUCGAUCCCUUGGACCCGAAUUCGGAGCGAGUUUGGGAGUUGUUUUUGCCUUUGCGAAUGCCGUUGCAGCUUCCAUGAACACUAUCGGGUUCUGUGAUUCGUUAAAUGACCUCCUAAAAGUGAAUGGAUUGAAAAUUAUCGAUAAUGGGGUGAUGGAUACGCGAAUUGUGGGUUCUGUAGCACUUUUGUUAAUGGUUAUCAUUUGCGCCGUUGGCAUGGAUUGGGAAGCGCAAGCACAGAAUUUCUUGGUUGUGACGAUUUUACUCGCUAUUUUGGAUUUCAUCAUUGGAACGUUGCUUGGUCCAAGCACGGAUGAGGAGAUUGCUUCAGGAUUUGUCGGGUUUUCAGUUGAGAACUUCAAAACGAAUUGGAAACCUGAUUAUCGUUUCGCUGAAGGAGUAGAUCAAAACUUUUUCACCGUUUUUUCGAUUUAUUUCCCAAGUGUGACGGGAAUUCAGGCGGGCGCUAACAUCUGUGGUGACUUGAAAGACGCAGCAAGUGCAAUUCCAAAGGGAACUAAUAUCGCAGUGGCUUUAUCGAUGUUCUCGUAUGCCGUAUUUGCCGUUUUUGCUGGCGGCGGUGCCUUGAGAGAUGCUUCCGGAAAUGUUUCUGACAUCGUAAACGGUACUUAUUACACUCCUGAGUGUGUUCAUGAUCAUUCUUGUCAAUAUGGGCUCCAAAACUCGUAUAGUGUCAUGCAAUUGAUGUCAGUUUGGGGAGGUCUCAUCUAUGCAGGAUGCUUUGCGGCAACAUUGAGUACUGCCUUGACGAAUUUGUUGUCAGUUCCGAGACUUAUUCAAGCGAUGGGCAUCGAUCAGAUCUAUCCUGGGUUUAUAUUUUUCUCGAAAGGUUAUGGAAAGCACGGAGAACCGUAUCGCGGAUAUGUUCUUACUUUCGCGAUUUCAUUGACGUUCUUGUUGAUUGCUGAUUUGAAUGCUAUUGCACCGCUGAUUUCAACUUUCUACCUGGCUUCGUAUGCGUUGAUCAAUUUCUGUACGUUCCAUGCUGCUUUGGUGAAGCCUCUUGGAUGGAGACCGACGUUCAGAUACUACAACAAAUGGCUAAGUUUGUUCGGUUGCAUCCUCUGUAUCUCCAUUAUGUUCCUCAUGAAUUGGUUCUCAUCACUCUUGACACUCGCCAUUAUCUUAGUACUGUACUUAAUUGUCGUUUAUCGCAAGCCUGACGUCAAUUGGGGUUCAUCGACGCAAGAACAAACGUACAAAAGUGCCCUUACCUCAGCUCAAAAACUGCAAAAUGUCUCAGAUCACGUCAAAAAUUACCAUCCCCAAGUCCUUGUUUUGGCUGGAAAACCUCUUGAUCGUCCCCCAUUGAUUGACUUGGCGCAUCAAAUCACGAAACAUCACUCCUUGCUGAUGGUUGGUCAAGUAACGACGAAAAAUUUGUCGUACCGAACUCGCGUUGCAAUGAUCAAAGAAGCCGAAAAAUGGUUCGAAGCACGAAAAAUCAAAGCUUUUUACAAUCUCAUCGACGGAAUUAGCUUCGAAGAAGGCGUUCGUGGACUUGUACAAGCAUCUGGUUUCGGUAAACUCACCCCCAAUAUCGUGUUGAUGGGAUAUAAAGCGGAUUGGCGAACGUGCGAAGAAAAAGAUUUAACUUCGUAUUUCAAUGUUUUGGAUAACGCAUUCGAUAAUCGCAUGGCAGUUGCGAUCCUGAGACUCCAAAAUGGCUUGGAUUACUCGAAUUUGAACACACAAAUCAACUCGCCGAAUGGUCAUGAUAACCCCUCGUUCCAACAUUCGGGCUCGACGAACAGCUUAACCGUCUCUGGAGAUCCCUUGGGAGUUCAUAAGCCGAAACCUUUGAUGCAUGCGGACUCUAAUUUGAACAUUAACAUCACCGGCAGUCACACAUCGAUCAAUAUUCCGGUGCCGCAGAAGAUUUUGCAUAAAAAUUUGAUGGUUGAUAAUCCGAUUGUUUAUUCAACGAGAGGAGGCUCAGCAGUUCCAAAAGAAAUCCUGGACAACUUAAAUGUCUUUAAUCGCAAACAAGGCAAGGGAACAAUCGAUGUAUGGUGGUUGUACGACGAUGGAGGACUCACAAUUUUAAUUCCUUAUAUCCUUUCAACGCGUUCAAAUUGGUCCCAAUGCAAGAUUCGAGUGUUUGCUUUGUCAAAUAGGAAGCUCGAACUUGAAGUUGAGGAACGAAACAUGGCAAAUCUCCUCUCCAAAUUACGUAUUGACUACUCAUCACUCACCAUGUUGCAAGGAAUUACCGAAAAACCGAAGCCCGAUUCCAUUGAAAUGCACAACCAACUCAUUAAUGGCUUCCGUGAAGGUCAACGCGAAACCGGAUACAUUCCAGAUACGGAGCUGAAAACGUUAGAAGAAAAGACAAAUCGUCAAUUACGUUUGCGAGAAAUGUUGAUGCAGCAUUCAUCGCAAGCUAAUUUAGUUAUUAUGUCGUUACCGAUGCCGAGACGAGGAAGUGUUUCAGCUCCUUUGUACAUGUCGUGGUUGGAAUGUCUCACGAAAGAUAUGCCGCCAUUGGUACUCGUGCGUGGAAAUCAACAAAAUGUACUUACGUUCUACUCAUAGUUUUUACAUUUCAGAAGCUUUAAUUUCGCGUUUUUUAGAUAAUUUUCAAAUUUUAGUUGUGUUAUAAAAUAGUUUAUCGUUUUUUUGUUAGAAAAUAAGCUUUUGUUCUUGAUAUAAAUUAAAAAUACUAAAC